AUGGAGACCGGUGCUCACGAGACGCUGGUAAGGGAGCCCCAAAAACCCAAGAUGACCUCUCGACUCAAGGACUACGACCGUGAAAUGGCAACUCAAGUGUUGAAGCCGGCUCGGAUUCGCAAUGGAAUAGCACGGCGGUUUGGGCUGACGGAGAAGGAGACGCCGACGCUGCGUCAAAUGCAAUGGUUCGUCAGCAGCUAUUCAAAGACGAAUCUUCACCGCAAUGGCUACCAUGACGAAAUUCUGAGACAAAUCGAGCAAUUGAUGUAUUGUCCUUCGGUCUUAGACACGAAACCAUUUUUGUUUGGAUGGAAGCGUGACGCACACGGCAGACCAGAUGUGGGAAACGGCUCUGAAGAAAAUCCAUUUUUAGUGGGACUGACAACAAAACGACUUCUGCUAAAUGCCGCUCGCGAUCCGGAUUCGUUUGUGUUCCAUAUGGAUGCCACCUUCAAGUUGAACCAAGUUGGGUAUCCUGUCAUUGUGUGUGGGAUCUCUGACAAGUGUGGCUCAUUUCACCUCGUGGCAUUUUUCAUUACGUCGCAACGUUUGGAGGACAUUUACGUGACGGUGCUGACUGAACUGCGCAGGAUUUUGCUUCAGUGUCGGGUGGGCGUCAUCUGGUAA